AAAUCGAGGAAUAGGUCUCCUCUAACUGUCAUCUCUCCAUCGGUUGGGCCAGUCAGCCAGUCUUUUUAUUCUUGUUUCAGGAGCCGGUCAGAAUACAGGCAGCUGGUCGCACCGCUUGCCAGGGCCGGGCUCCUGGCCCAGGUAGUGGGAUCAAAAUGAGCUAUUUUGGGACCGGCGCGCGGCUCCUGGGGGGGCAGCAUGGAGCGUUCGUGCUCACGCCCCCUAGACGCGGAGCAUCCGAGGCUGAGUCAGAGGCACAGAAUUAGGCCGGUUGAAGUUGGGGGUAGAGUCUGUUCUGUGUCCUUCUGACAGCCUGGUCUGGCCACUGCAUUCUCCAGGAAUCUGCUCCUAAGACUUCAUCUGCGUCAUCCUCCGAACAGCCAGUGGGGAGGAAGUAGAUUAAGGGAACCGGGGACUCUUUGGUGGACUCUCGGGUCCUGGGCCCCAGUUGGCACUUGUGUCCCCUAUACCCGCAGGGUUCCGCCUCCUUAGCCUUAGUUUCCCCUUCAGGAAAUUGAAGAGCCUUAGUAACAUUUCAGUGGCGUCUUUUUCCAGAUACCCUGCAGGCGCUUAAUAAAUGGCCAAGUCAUUAUUGGGGUUUCUAAAUAAGGCUCUACUAAUGGCCGAGCCUGGCUGCCGUCCCAAUGUCCCCGGGAGGCCCGCCGAGAGGCCGGCACAGGGCGCACUAUAAAUCGGCGGCCGCGCACGCAGGGGCAGUGCGGGUCCCAGGACGGCGGUUAAGAAGCAGGAUGGAGAUUCCGGUACCUGUGCAGCCGUCUUGGCUGCGCCGCACUUCGGCCCCGUUGCCGGGACUGUCCGCGCCCGGACGCCUCUUUGACCAGCGCUUCGGCGAGGGACUGCUUGAGGCCGAGCUGGCUACGCUCUGCCCUGCUGCGCUCGCCCCCUACUACCUGCGCGCCCCCAGCGUGGCGCUGCCCACCUCCCAGGUGUCCACCGACCCGGGCCACUUCUCGGUGCUGUUGGACGUGAAGCACUUCGCGCCAGAGGAAAUAGCGGUCAAGGUGGUUGGCGAGCACGUGGAGGUGCAUGCGCGACACGAGGAGCGCCCGGACGAGCACGGAUUCAUCGCUCGUGAAUUCCACCGCCGCUACCGUUUGCCACCCGGCGUGGACCCUGCUGCCGUGACCUCAGCACUGUCCCCCGAGGGCGUCCUGUCCAUCCAGGCCACACCAGCGCCGGCCCAGGCCCCACUGCCAUCACUGGCUGCUGCCAAGUAGGGGUCCAGGCGCACUUGAAUCUAGGGAGCUACUUCAGGCUCUCACUUUUAAAGCCGAUCUGACUCCUCCCAGCCAGAUGUCCCCACCAUGCCAAGACAGUCCCUCCCAUCCAAAUGAAGAUCCCACCUGAUCCCUCCACCCUAGCUAGACCCAGCCUUUGAUAACCUAGAGCCUCUACUGAUAUCCCACUCCUUAGGCCCUUUCCCAUAUCUUGCUACAAGCACUACCCUCACCUCAGCCUAGUCUCCCAUCUUGUUUAUAUCCCUACUCAGAACUUCCUUUUGCAUGUCCUUGACUCCUAUGAAACAUCCCCACACUCCACUUCCAUCCCUUCCCAGCUCUCACACCAGAUUAUGGUGUAGACAGCCCUGUCCUCAUGCCAGGUGAGUUAGGCAUAAAGCCCACUGUCACCUCCAAAUUACCCACACUGUGCAGUUCUCCCACUCCAGAUUGUCCAGGCCUCCUGGUGAACUAGGAUUCUUUUUCCUUUUUUGGUACUGGGGAUUGAACUCAGGACCUUGUGCUUUCGAGGCAGGCGGUAGCACCACUGAGCUAAAUCCUCAGCCCCCAAGAUUCUUGAUCUUUUCCCUGAAAUCAUACACUCCACUGCCCUCAGCCCAUUUCCUGACUUGAAACCCCAACCAGCCACCCAGAUUUUUAAACCCUAUUCUGAUGCCCAAUUCCUGCUAUACCUACUUGAGGCCAACUGGGACCCUCAACCUCAAACUGUACGGACACCCUUUCCAACUUCCCACAUUUUGCUAGGCCCCCUCCCCAACUAACCAGAACCCUGGAGUCACUUUGUCCUGGUGCCAGGUCUCUAAUCAGAGUUUCUAGGGAACCCAACCUCCACUCCUCUAAUGCUCUGUAACCGAACCAAGGAACCACUCAAUCCCCACAACCUUUCUCCAUAUUGAAUUCCCUGCUAUCCCAUGACCCCGCUCCUUCCUAGGCUGACUGCCCAAUAAAUAUGCAAGAGUUGUGUCCA